GGCAGGUGGCAGAGGCACGCAGGAGACCUGGGCACCGACAGCUGGCUCAUUUGGAGGCAGGAUGUCAGGCAAAGAGGGCAAAGGCGCAGUGAAGGAUUCAAGGUCACAGCCCACACUGGUGACGGACCCCUUCGAGGACACGCUGCGGCGGCUGCGGGAAUCCUUCCGCACGGGGCGGACGCGGCCGGCGGAGUUCCGGGCGGCCCAGCUCAAGGGCCUGGGCCGCUUCCUGCAGGAGAACAAGCAGCUGCUGCAGGAGGCGCUGGCGCGGGACCUGUGCAAGUCAGCCUUUGAGUCGGAUCUGUCGGAGAUCAUCCUGUGCCAGAACGAGGUCCGUCUGGCCCUCAGCAGCCUGAACGCCUGGAUGAAGGACGAGCCGGUGGCCAAGAACCUGUUAACGCAGCUGGACUCUGUCUUCAUCCGCAAGGAGCCCUUCGGCCUGGUGCUCAUCAUCUCCCCCUGGAACUACCCCCUGAACCUGGUCCUGGUGCCCCUGGUGGGCGCCCUCGCCGCAGGGAACUGCGUGGUGCUGAAGCCGUCGGAAAUCAGCCAGAGCACGGAGAAGGUCCUGGCUGAGGUCCUGCCCCAGUACCUGGACCAGAGCUGCUUUGCCGUGGUGCUGGGCGGGCCUGAGGAGGCGGGGCAGCUGCUGGAGCACAAGUUCGACUACAUCUUCUUCACGGGGAGCCCCCGGGUGGGCAAGAUCGUCAUGGCCGCGGCCGCCAAGCACCUGACGCCCGUCACGCUGGAGCUUGGGGGCAAGAACCCCUGCUACGUGGACGACGACUGCGACCCCCAGACCGUGGCCAACCGUGUGGCCUUCUUCCGCUGCUUCAACGCCGGCCAGACCUGCGUGGCCCCCGACUACGUGCUCUGCAGCCCCGAAAUGCAGGAGCGGCUGGUGCCCGCCCUGCAGGGCGCCAUCACCCGCUUCUACGGCGAGGACCCCCGGGGCUCCCCGGACCUGGGCCGCAUCAUCAGCGACAAGCAUUUCCAGCGGCUCCAGGGCCUGCUGGGCUGUGGCCGUGUGGCCGUCGGGGGCCAGAGUGACAGGAGUGACCGCUACAUCGCCCCCACGGUGCUGGUGGACGUGCAGGAGACGGAGCCGGUGAUGCAGGAGGAGAUCUUCGGGCCCAUCCUGCCCAUCGUGAACGUGAGGAGCCUGGACGAGGCCAUCGACUUCAUGAACCGCCGGGAGAAGCCCCUGGCCCUGUACGCCUUCUCCAACAGCCGCCAGGUGGUGAACCAGGUGCUGGACCGGACCAGCAGCGGCAACUUCGGGGGCAAUGAGGGCUUCAUCUACCUGACUCUGUCGUCCUUGCCUCUGGGGGGCGUCGGCAACAGCGGGAUGGGCAGAUACCACGGCAAGUUCUCCUUCGACACCUUCUCCCACCACCGCUCCUGCCUGCUCUCUCACGCAGGCCUGGACCAGGUCAAGCAGAUCAUAUACCCACCCUACGCCGGCUGGCACAAGAAGCUGAUCAUAUGGGCCUUGAGUGCCGGGAGCUGCACCCUUCUGUGAGGGCUCUGCCCACCUCCAGUGCCCUGCCCCCCAAACCCUCUGUCUGACUGCUGCCCAUGCGCUUAGUGGCCCCUUGGAGGCCCUGGUCCUGUCUAGGAAGGCAAAGUUCCCGCUCAGGGGUUUUUCUGAACAGGGUGCCCCUGCUGGGCAGACCUCGGGGCUGCUGGGCCCCGGCUCUCAGGGCCAGAGUCCCCUCUGCAGGAGGGACGGACGACCCACCCCACUCCCGAGGCUGGGUCCUGCGGUUAGAAGGGACUCCCUUGCGUCAGAUGCGUAAUUAGGCUCCCCA